UGCGUAUGUAUGUAUGUAUCUUAGUUGUCAGACUCAGGGAGGGGGAAUGGCACAAAUCUGAGAAUAAACGCGCGCUUCUCGCCAUCCUUUCAGUCUACGUCAAUCUUUAAUGGCGAGAAGGAAGCUAUCCUCACGUUCCGCGCCUACGUCAUCCCCUCUCUCUCUCCCUCUCCCUCUCUACGUGUGUGUGUGUAUAUAUAUGUAUAUAUAUUUGUAUUCAGUUCAGCCUUCUCUGCCGUGGACUGGACAUUCGCAGCGCGGCGGCCGGCGGGACACUGCUCUCCUUUUAGCAUCGCGAGCUUCUAAUUUUUUAAUUCAUCGCUAUUUGAAUCCUUGCCGUCGUCUUUAAUUUGCUGAUCAUCGUUGCUCCUCCCGCUGAUUAAUAGCCAGAGCACAUCAUUUCCUUUGGUGAAGUCUGCACAGUAAAGAUUCAAAGUAUAAACUGGAAAAAUAGAUGACAAUGUCUCCAACCAGCAAAGCAGACAAGAAAGCAGUUCUUGAUGCAGGAGCUUGGAUUUUCAACAUUGUUACUUCUGUUGGGAUUAUUAUUGUCAAUAAGGCCUUAAUGGCUACUUAUGGUUUUAGCUUUGCUACAACAUUAACUGGUCUGCAUUUUGCCACAACCACUUUGAUGACUCUGGUACUUAGAUGGCUGGGGUAUAUCCAGGCUUCCCAUCUACCUGUAUCUGACCUUCUGAAAUUUGUUACAUUUGCAAACUUUUCUAUUGUUGGAAUGAACGUGAGUUUGAUGUGGAAUUCUGUGGGAUUCUAUCAGAUUGCAAAGCUGAGUAUGAUCCCUGUGUCUUGUUUUCUGGAAGUUGUCUUGGACAAGGUGCGAUACUCAAGGGACACCAAACUUAGCAUAGUGUUGGUUCUCCUCGGUGUUGCUGUCUGUACCGUUUCUGAUGUCAGUGUCAAUGCCAAGGGUUUUAUUGCUGCAUUUGUGGCAGUUUGGAGCACUUCUCUUCAGCAGUAUUACGUUCAUUCCCUUCAAAAGAAGUAUUCACUUGGAUCUUUCAACCUGUUAGGGCAUACUGCACCAGUACAAGCUGCGUCUUUGCUGGUAUCAGGGCCGUUUGUGGACUAUUGGUUGACAAAUAAAAGGGUUGAUGCCUACCACUAUACUUUAGCAUCCAUGUUUUUCGUAGUCCUAUCAUGCAUCAUCGCAAUAGGGACCAAUCUUAGCCAAUUCAUCUGCAUUGGCAGAUUCACAGCCGUGUCCUUCCAAGUGCUAGGCCAUAUGAAGACCGUCCUUGUCCUGAUUUUAGGAUUCAUUUUCUUCGGGAAAGAAGGUCUUAAUCUACAGGUUAUCCUAGGCAUGAUAAUUGCAAUACUUGGAAUGAUUUGGUAUGGCAAUGCCUCCUCUAAGCCUGGAGGGAAAGAGCGACAGAUCCUUUCUCCGCAAAACAGCAGACCUGAAAAACAAAACGGAUUGUUGAACUCCUCUGAGAAUGAUGUUGGCGAGGCCUAGUUACUCACUCAUAAUCCCACUCUCCUGGGAGCUGAUUUGAGGACUCCCCUUUACAUGGGAAAAGGUCAGAUUCAUCCCUCUCUUGUCAUUAUCUUCAUGGUAAAUUUACAGUAUAAUUUUUUUGUCUUACCUAAUGGUAGUUCAUAGCUUGAUCUUUAAAUUUAUUCGAGGAAUAAACAUUGUAGACAUGAAACUUUCCGGUUUCAUGUUCAACUUUUGUAAUAAUUUAUUUACAGAAAAAAAACUUUUGUAAUAAUUUAUUUCACGCUGUUAAUGAAUCCCCACUUUAUCA